AUGGAUUCCCAGCAGAGCGACGACUAUGGCACCCAGCAGCAGCCUGACUCGCCACGAGCCUCUCGUCGGCCUCACCACCGACGGUAUCACUCGACUGCCGAACCUAGCGAAACAUCUCCCCUCCUCACUACAUCUAGAUCCCGCAUCCGUAUAGACAAUGGCGGUCGCUCCCCUAGACCGGUUGCUCGCCUGUCUCGCCACCAGAGCCACACGGGAAGUCUUCGCGGUACGAGACACCAUAGUCGACAAGCAUCGUGGGGCCAGCGCCUGAUUUCUGCUAUUGGGGAGGGCAGAAGCAGCCUGUCGGAAUCGAAAAGCUCCAUCUUCCCUGAGGAGCGUGUCUGGUACGACCAAUUUACCAGCACCGACUGGGUCCACGAUACCAUCGCCGAUUCACACCGAGUCAAAGCUCUUCGCGCCCGAAAAGAUUUGCGUGGCCGCAUUUUAAAUGCUCUCGAUGGCGCGCAGGGAUGGUUUCUCAGCGCUUUGUGCGGCGUCAUCAUUGCAUUGAUUGCAUACGCUGUUGACGUUACAGAGUCUACAGUCUUUGAUUUCAAAGACGGGUUUUGUGCCAGAGCUUGGUAUCUAGAUGAAAAGAAAUGCUGCCCUAGAGGACCUUGUGAAGACUGGAAAAGCUGGUCGCAAGCGUUCAAAAUCCAAUCGCUUGCAGCCCACUGGACCGACUAUCUCGUCUACCUAUUCCUUGUCAUAACUCUGGCUAUGUUGUCAUGCUGGAUCGCCCUAUGGACUAAAACGGUCGUCGCCUCAUCUUAUCAGCUCACUACUUUGGACGAAAACUUGGCAGCAGAGCAGCUGCCACAACCAGCAACUGGGAUCAACCCCGACGACAGCUCUAGUCCAGCUCCCGAGGAUGAUGUACCGGACCCGAACCCCCCGAUGAUAUACUACGCCGCGGCAGGAAGUGGCGUUGCCGAAGUCCGAGUCAUUUUGAGCGGAUUUGUCUUGCACGGCUUCCUUGGAUUGAAGACGCUCAUUAUCAAGAUGGUUGCGUUGGUAUUCUCGGUCGCUUCCGGGCUUAGCCUAGGUAAAGAAGGCCCUUAUGUUCACAUGGCUGCUUGUGUUGGAAAUAUUGCUUGCCGUCUCUUUUCAAAGUAUGACCGCAAUGAUGCCAAAAGACGAGAAGUUCUUUCUGCGGCUGCCGCAGCUGGUGUUGCUGUUGCUUUUGGUGCUCCUCUCGGUGGAGUUUUGUUUGGUUUAGAAGAAGUCUCAUACUUCUUCCCCGCAAAGACACUCUUCAGAACCUUCUUCUGCUGCAUCGUUGCUGCCCUAUCCCUCAAAUUCCUCAACCCAUACGGAACGCACAAGAUUGUCAUGUUUCAGGUUCGAUACCUGGUUGAUUGGCAAUUCUUUGAGUUGGGGAGUUUUAUUCUGGUGGGUAUUCUUGGCGGCGCACUUGGUGCGAUGUUCAUCAAAGCGUCCAAGUAUUGGGCGCACACAUUUCGCCGUCUCGAGGUGAUCAAAAAGUAUCCCAUGUUUGAGGUGUUCCUUGUCGCACUGAUGACGGGACUAUUGAGUUAUUGGAAUGCAUUGACUAAACUGCCUGUGGCAAAGCUGCUCCUCAAUCUCGCAUCUCCCUGUGACGACUCGACUGAUGCGAACCGAGAUGAGCUAGGCUUGUGCCCCGACUCCAUUGAUGACAUUCCAGGCAUUCUCAAGAUGCUUGUGGUUGCCUUCUUGAUCAAGGGAUUUCUGACAGUGAUUACGUUUGGUAUCAAGGUACCCGCUGGUAUCUACAUUCCCUCUAUGGUUGUUGGUGGUCUGAUGGGCCGCAUGGUUGGUCACUUGAUUCAGUGGCUCGUCUUGGCGGCACCAAGCUGGGCCCUAUGGGGAAACUGCGCAACAGCAGCCGACGGCACCUGCGUCCAACCUGGUGUCUAUGGGUUGAUUGCGGCUGGCGCGACAAUGUGUGGCGUCACGCGUCUGUCGGUGACGCUGGCCGUCAUUUUGUUUGAAUUGACGGGCAGCCUGGACUAUGUCCUACCAUUCUCACUGACCAUCUUGGUGGCCAAAUGGACGGCAGACGCUAUUGAGCCAAACAGCAUAUAUGACCUUUUGACUUCUAUGAACGCAUACCCUUUCCUAGACAACAAGCACAAGCCCAUUUUCACCGGCGACUUGGCUGAUAUCAUUACACGCUUUCGGCGGGAGCGAAUUAUCGACAUUACCAACUCGCCGCUUGUAGCAGCGACCAAGCUUAGGUUGAAGCUAGAAAUUCUGCAUCGGGCUGGAGAACUUGAUGGAGGUCUGCCAAUUCUACGCCAUGACAUUUUAGUUGGUUUGAUUCCAGCGCCAGAUUUGGAGUUUGCACUCGAUCAACUUGAGGAUGAGACGACCAGCCUUUGUCUGAUGGACCGAGUACCGAGCAUUGAUGAGGAUGAGGGCGAUAUGGUGGACCCUACCGACUUCACGCCGUAUAUUGACCCCGCCCCGGUGGCGCUUGACUUGCGCUCUCCGACAGAUCUCGUUUACGAAUGUUUUGUGAAGCUUGGUCUGCGCUACAUUUGUGCGACUAAGGACGGCCGAUACGCUGGUAUGAUUCACAAGAAGACAUUUGUGAGACACAUGCGUGAAAAGGAAGAGGAGCAGAGCUAG